ACACUUCCGGUUUCCUGCCUGUCCGUCCCCCUCCUUUCCUCCUUAUUGUAGCCGCCCGGCUAAACCGGGGUUAUGUCGGACACAUGGACCUCGAUCCAGGCCCACAAGAAGCAGCUGGACUCGUUGCGGGAGCGGUUGCAAAGGAGGCGCAAACAGGAACCCUUGGACCUCCGGAACCCAGAGCUGGUGCUCACCCCUCCUUUCCGAAGUGACAGCCCGGUGCCUUCGUCUGUCACACCCAGCACAGCGACAGAGCCCGGGGACCUGGUGACUGACCCCGAACUCGAGAAGAAGCUCCUGCAUCACCUCUCGGACCUGGCGCUGGCACUGCCCACGGAUGCCCUGUCCAUCUGCCAUGCCAUUUCCACGCCCGAAGCCCCUGCCACCCAGCGGAGCGUGGAGAGCCUGCUGCAGAAAUUUGCCGCCCAAGAGCUGAUCGAGGUGAAACGGGGCCUCCUCCAAGACGACGACCAGCCCAUGCUGGUCACUUACGCCGACCACUCCAAGCUCUCGGCCAUGAUGGGCGCCGUGGCCGAGAAGAAGGGCCCGGUGGAAGGGGUCGGGGCCGGGGGCGCCAAGCGGCGGGCGGAGCAGGACCCCGGGGUGCCCGCCUCCACGCCUGGGGCGGCGCCCUCUGCCUCGGCCUCGUUGGAGCCUCUCAAGGAGCCCCCCAAGAAGUCCCGGAAGCAGGCGUCGGAUCUGGACCUGGAGAUCGAGAGCCUGCUGAGCCAGCAGUCCACGAAGGAGCAGCAGAGCAAGAAGGUGAGCCAGGAGAUCUUGGAGCUGCUGAACACGACGACAGCCAAGGAGCAGUCCAUCGUGGAGAAGUUCCGCUCGCGGGGCCGGGCUCAGGUGCAGGAGUUCUGUGACUACGGGACCAAGGAAGAGUGCAUGAAAGCCAACGACGCCGACCGGCCUUGUCGCAAGCUGCACUUCCGCCGCAUCAUCAACAAGCACACGGACGAGUCGCUGGGCGACUGCUCCUUCCUCAACACCUGUUUCCACAUGGACACCUGCAAGUACGUCCACUACGAGAUCGACGCCUGCACCGACUUGGACGCCCCCAGCGGGCGGGAGCUCAUCCCGGGCCAGGAGUUGGCGCUGCCCCAGGCAGUGGGGAGGGACUCCAGCGUGGACCGCCUCUUCCCCCCACAGUGGAUUUGCUGUGACAUUCGCUACCUGGACGUCAGCAUCCUGGGCAAGUUUGCCGUGGUGAUGGCCGACCCGCCCUGGGACAUCCACAUGGAGCUGCCCUACGGGACGCUCACAGACGACGAGAUGAGGCGCCUCAAUAUCCCCGUGCUGCAGGACGAGGGGUUCCUCUUUCUGUGGGUCACUGGCAGGGCCAUGGAGCUGGGCCGUGAAUGUCUCAAUCUCUGGGGGUAUGAGCGAGUGGACGAGAUCAUUUGGGUGAAAACGAACCAACUCCAGCGCAUCAUCCGGACGGGGCGGACAGGUCACUGGCUGAACCACGGCAAGGAACACUGCUUGGUCGGGGUCAAAGGGAACCCCCAGGGCUUCAACCGGGGUCUCGACUGUGAUGUCAUUGUGGCCGAGGUCCGCUCCACCAGCCACAAGCCCGACGAGAUCUACGGCAUGAUCGAGCGACUCUCACCCGGGACGCGCAAGAUCGAGCUCUUCGGCCGGCCCCACAACGUGCAGCCCAACUGGAUCACCCUCGGCAACCAGCUGGAUGGAAUCCACCUGCUCGACCCAGACGUGGUGGUCCAGUUCAAGCAACGUUAUCCCGACGGCAUCAUCUCCAAGCCCAAGAACAUGUAACAGGAGGACACUCUACCAGUCACCCUUUGCUUUGUCCCGGCAGGAAGAGAAAGGAACAGCACAUGUACUCUUUUAGGAUUUUUUUUAAAUAAAAUGGAUUUCCCCA